CGUAUAAUAUUGGCAAAUUUCACCAACAAGAAGAAGAGAAUAUUUUUCGAACAGGGAUAUUUGUAGCAUCCAUAGCCUCUGAUGGCAGCAUUGUGUAAGAGAACAACAAUAAGUUAUGGCGUAGAUAUGUGAGAAUCUCUACAAAGGAAAGGGACAAAAUCAAAAAGCAAUUUUACUGCAUCGGAAUUACUUUGAAAAUAUAAAAUGUCGGCGCGGUACAUCGGAAACAAGCUAUUCAAGCAUGGUACGGCGCUCCUGCGCCAAAUAUGCAAACGGGAAGCCCAUUCGACAACCAUUGCAAAUAAGGUAGGCGCUAGCAGUCAGGCAUCUUCUCCGCCUACCCAAUUGCAAAAACAAAUUGUUUCCAAGAACUAUGUAUUGCGAAAUGUGGGCAUACAAAUUACGCAGCAGGCGCGCAAACUUUUAGUCGAGAACGCUCAGAAAAUUACAAACACAUUCGCUGCUGAUGUAAGACGCAGAGCUACUCAACGGAUUUUGUAUGGCACCUCUGGACCGGUGUUGGGAUUAGUUGGCAUUGCCUUUGCUUCUGGUACCAGUAUUUUGAGUAAAGAAGAAGAAUUGGAGGGUGUGUGUUGGGAAAUUCGAGAAUGCAUGUCAAAAGUGCAAUGGUUCUUUGAGGAUCCCAAAUUGCGAUGUGAGGCGAGUCUUGAUGAUAAAGUGGUAACCUUGAACACAUUUACUUUUGGUAAGCCAAUUGCCAAAGGAGCCAAUGCUGCGGUAUAUGCAGCGAAAAUAAAAUCCCAAAAACAAGUGGCAGCCAAUGGUCACGAAGAUUAUCCAUUUGCAAUCAAAAUGAUGUUUAAUUAUGAUAUUCAGUCAAAUGCGAUAGCAAUUUUGCGGGGUAUGUAUAAAGAAACUGUACCUGCAAGAAUGUAUUACAAUUCUCAUGGAAUAUCAGACUGGGAGUAUGAAUUUUUGGAUAGAAGCCGUCAUUUGCCUCCGCACCCAAAUAUUGUCAACAUUUUAACUGUGUUUACUGAUUUUGUACCAGAAUUGGACGAAUGCAGGGAACUAUAUCCUGCCGCACUACCUAAAAGAAUUGAUCCAGAAGGUGAGGGAAGAAAUAUGUCAUUGUUUUUGUUAAUGAAAAGAUACCAUCAAAGUUUGCAAGAAUUUACAGAGUCAACUUCGUUGUCAACACGUACAUCAAUCCUUCUGUUAACUCAACUCCUUGAAGGUGUUAGUCAUAUGGUGUCCCACAACAUAGCACACCGAGAUCUUAAAUCUGAUAAUGUUUUGUUAGAUUUAUCUGACCCUGACAGUCCACUGUUAGUGAUAACUGAUUUUGGAUGUUGUUUAUCUGAGAAGAAUCACAAUUUGGUUGUGCCUUAUCGCAAUUACGACGUCGAUAAGGGUGGGAACGCGGCAUUGAUGGCUCCCGAAAUAAUAUGUCAGAAACCAGGAACCUUCUCGGUUUUGAAUUAUACCAAGUCGGAUUUGUGGGCCGUGGGCGCAUUGGCUUAUGAAAUAUUUGGUGCACCAAAUCCUUUUUACGUCAAAGGAAACUUAAGGUUGCGUAAUACCAAUUAUGAGGAAUCGGCAUUGCCUGAUUUACCCGGAAAUGUUCCAAUCGCUAUUAAAAUUCUAAUAAAGAAUCUAUUAAAGAGAGAUCCUAGAGAUCGAUUGGAUGCCGAAAUGGCCGCAACAGUGUGCCAGCUAUUUUUAUGGGCCCCGAGUUCUUGGCUAAAUCAGCAAGGCAAACCUCCCACUUCUGAGGAGAUUUUGGAUUGGUUGCUGUCAGUGACCGCCAAGGUUUUAUGCGAGGGCAGAGCAUGCGUUUCGAGUGAAACACGCUUGGGUAAAAGCGGGCAUGCCGGUUAUGCUGAAUAUUUAUUGAUUUCAAGUUUCUUGUGUAGAGCUCGGCUUUCCAUCAUUAAAUCUGCGCUGGACUGGAUUUACGAACAUACUAGGCAAGAUAGUUGAAUUGUUUUUCUUUAAUAUGAGUAUUUUUAUUGUAAUUGUUAAUAGUAUAUUGUUAUAUUGUUAAUGGUUAUAUUUGUUUUGUAAAUAGUAAUGGGUUUAAAAAAAAAGUUUUUUAUUAUCAAU